AUGCCUUCAACACCUAUCAACACACAAGCUCUUGUUCCGUACGACGAUAAUCAGACUCCACUGAAAAGAUUCUCAGCUCGGGAGAAAUCUGUGACGAUAGGCUCAUUCGUAUUCCACCUGCAUCAAAACUGGAACGAAAACGGCGUAGCCGGUGUCUUAUGGGACUCGGCAAUUGUACUCUCGGAUUACCUCGUCGCCCAUACGGGACUUGUUCGCGGCCGUCGGGUUCUGGAACUUGGCGCCGGUGUUGGCCUUCCAUCCAUCACUGCUGCCAAGCUCUCAGCCAAGGAAGUAACGGCUACGGAUCAGCCUUCAGCCUUACCAUUACUUGAUGAAAACCUCAUUGCUAACCUUGAUGAUAAUGAAAUGUCGACUGUUACUACCCUCCCAUUGGACUGGACAAAUCUACCUGAAGAGCCACUGUCAGCAGACGUCAUUCUUGGAGCUGACCUGGUUUACAAAAAGGAAGUCUUNAUGCUGUUGGCAGGCAAAAUCCGUUAUCCCAAGGAUAAACGUUUCUACGAAACUUUAGGAAAUGAUUUCGAUGUCACCCAGAUACUUCACGAUGAGGCUACUGAUGUGGUUCUGUUCAAAAUUUCAAAAAUUAGGAGAGAAUUGUGA